UCCACCAACGCAAGGGAAGAGGCGCGGCUUAAGUGACAGCACUUUACGACGACGCGGCCGUAAAGGAGUUCCUGGGGUUCUUUUUUAAUCCGCCUGGUGCAGAAGCGAAGGGCGGGCUUGCGGGGCCUGGUGUGGGGCCGGGAGCGGGCCCGUGGGUGUGAAGAGGAGGGUCGACUCGGGAGCCGGGGGUGUCAGUCCCCACCCUCCCAGGCGCUCGCCCCACCCGGUCUUUCGGGGACCGGGACCCUUCCCCCCAAGGAUGUUCAAGAAAUUUGAUGAAAAGGAGAAUGUGUCCAACUGUAUCCAGCUGAAGACAUCUGUUAUUAAAGGCAUCAAGAACCAGCUGAUAGAUCAGUUUCCUGGUAUUGAACCAUGGCUAAACCAAAUCAUGCCAAAGAAAGACCCAGUGAAGAUAGUACGAUGCCAUGAACAUAUAGAAAUCCUUACAGUAAACGGUGAAUUGCUGUUCUUCAGGCAAAGAGAGGGAUCUUUCUAUCCCACACUGAGAUUACUUCAUAAAUAUCCGUUCAUUUUACCACAUCAACAAGUUGAUAAAGGAGCCAUUAAAUUUGUACUUAGUGGAGCAAAUAUAAUGUGUCCUGGCCUGACGUCUCCAGGAGCGAAACUUUAUCCUGCUGCUGCUGAUACGAUUGUGGCAAUAAUGGCAGAAGGCAAGCAACAUGCCCUGUGUGUUGGAGUCAUGAAGAUGUCAGCAGAUGAUAUAGAGAAAGUCAACAAAGGGAUUGGCAUUGAAAAUAUCCACUAUUUAAAUGAUGGUCUGUGGCAUAUGAAGACGUACAAGUGACACAGCAGCAAGUGUGCCAUUCCAAGGGAACACACUUCCUGUCAAUAAGGACUACUUUGUAAUUCUUCUGUUUUUAAAGUGUGACUGAAUGUACAAAUUUAUUUUGUUCUGUGGCUAUGCUAAAUAAAUCAAGUGCACAUUGAAGUCA